AUGACGAUGCGAAGUUUGGCGCUGCCGCUGGCCCUCUUGCUGGCUAGACAGGUCUCCGCUCAUGGAGGCCAUGAGGCUGUACCUGAGGGCCAGGCCAUUUCCGCAGAUCCCAUCAUUAUACGCUCUCGCUGGCACGUUCCGGUCCAGGUUGUCGGUACCGUCGUUGCCGUGUUGGCCUACUUCCUCGGCCAUGCCCACAAAGGACGCCAGUUCGCUAAGAACAUUCACGCUUCAUUUGCCAACUCCCUCAUGCUUAUGAUGGUUCUGCAGGUUGUCCUGGGUGUCUAUCUCAAGCUUCAUCUCUCCAAGGGUAUUCAUGGCCGGAUCCGUCGAUUCAUCGUCAUCUGUCAUGGCGUCAUCGGCAAGUUGAUGCCGGUGGUCAGCUGGGUGCAAAUGCUCUUUGGUGGCAUCACUGCCCUGGGUUUCUGUCGCGGCGACCAUCUCGGCCAGUGCCUCGCACAUUUCAUUAUGGGAAGUGCAUUUAUCGCUUACGGAAUCCUGUUGACCAUCCUCCUCCUGGUCGGUCAGUAUUGGCUGCGUCGCACCGGCCGGAGCCAGGAAUUCUUCGACUCGCUCGUCAUUGCCGCCUGGGGCUGUGUUAACACUUUUACCGAGCAUCGCUGGGGCGGUCCAUGGGUUCACAAUGAUCUGCAGCACACGACUAUGGGCAUUGUCUGGUGGUGCGCCGGUCUGCUGGGUAUCUGGCUGAGCCGUAAGAGAAACGGUCGUCCCAAGCGCAACCUCGUUCCCGCAAUUGUCAUCCUGUUGACCGGGUACGCCAUGUCUGCGCAUCCACAGACCUUGCAUCUUAGCACCAUGGUCCACACAGUCUUUGGAUAUACCUUGAUGGCUGCUGGAGCAGCGAGAAUCAUCGAGAUUUCCUUUGUUCUGAAAGAUCGAAGCACACUCAGCCCGGAUGGCUCCGAUCCGCACAGUUUCCAAUAUCUACCACCAUUUCUUCUUUACGCCUCCGGGUUCCUCUUCAUGGGCGCAACGGAGGAGCAGAUGAAGCUCCUCACCGAUGCCAACAUUACGCACGUCUCCUAUAUCCUCAUUCUGUAUAGCAUCGCAUUCCUCCUCUUCCUUUUCGUGAAUGUCCUCCUCCACAUUUAUGCUGUUCAUGCAUUCCCCGAUUCGGCCACCGUUAGCCAUGCUCAUCGACGAGCCGCGGCUUCUGGCGCCGCAGGGUCUGCCCGGCCAAAGCCACACCGUUCCGAGUCCUCCGUUUCUUCGUUCACCAACGUCAACGGUGGGUUCUCUAGGCUGGCGAAUGGCCAUGCUCGGACCCGCUCGGAGGCGCAGCAAAUCCAAGAGGCCGAAGAGUAUGAGCUGCAGGGACUCAUUUCUGAAGAGGAUGACAAUGAGGAAGUCGGCAAGAAAGCUGGCGGAGAUGAGGAGAAUCCUCUAAUUGCGAAGGAAACUGGAACCAGGGCGUGA